AUGAUCACACCGUCGAAUAUUGCUGGAAGUAUUGGUGGAGCCAUCAACAUGACCGCUUGCAGUGUUGCACCUUCAUGGAAUACGCAGCCUCCAAUCGCACGUUUGGCAACUGUAACUUUAAAGCAACUCAGUGGAUUCAGCAUGCGCAAUUUGUCGAUUCACGGCACGAGCGGCGACGCGUUGCUUAGCGUGUACUUCAAACUAGUGAUAGACGGACGAAUCGUGUACAAGAGUGAGGUAGCUUGUAAUACGCUCAACCCAGUGUGGGUUCCAUUCCACGAUGGACUUCUUGGAGAUGAAAUGGUUAUGAGUGGCGGUACAAGAUUCGAUAUAAUUGUUGUGCAUGUUCAUGACCGCAUGACGACAAAAAGAAUGCGACGCAAGUCGUGUUCCAUGAGUGGUCGGUUGUCAUUCGGAGACGACCAACCAAUCAACAAUUCGCGGUCAUUUGCGGAUGCCAAAUACAGUUCCGACGAUGUCGGUGACGCUACUUUGAUAAACAAGCUGACAGACAAGGCACCACAGACUGACGUAAACAACCCCCACGAGGUGGUGUCUGCCGUGUUUGAAGAAGACCUUAUAAGUAUGAGCUUUGACGUUUUAGAGCUCGAACCGCUUCCUGUCGCUCUUUCGGAUCUGAUGAAUUUACCUCUGAACACUAGCCUAUUUGAAUUUACAGGCUGCACAUUUGUGCAUCGCGAAGUGCUUGAAUUUCUGGUUGAAAAGGGUGUGAUCGCACCUAAGCAUUCCAGAAGAAAAGGGUCAGCGAUUCCCUUAAAAGACUAUAGUCUGCAUGAGGGUGUGGAUGCUCUAGAACGCAUUUUGACCACACGUCAAAAGAUAACAGACUUAAAUAAGUCGAAUGCAGUGCUUAAAGAACGCAUUCGGAAUCAACUACUACACUCUCGGCAGCGCAUCCUACGCGAGCAGCAACGUAUAGCCCUGGAGGAGCGCGUUCGACGAGCAAGAGUGCAAGUCGCAGAAAAGCAGCAUACAUUAGCGCGUAUUAAAGCCGUGAUGCAGGACGAACGCAGGACUUUUGAAACAGACAUUCACGUUCCAAAGGCUUUGUUGAGCACCAUGCAAAUGAGUUUGCGUUACAAGGACGAGCGCCAGAAUAUCCUCGAGCGUCGAUGUGAAGUCUUGCGUGCAGCGCAUAAGAUCCGAUCAAGGCAAGCUAUGCUUGUCAAGCAACUCGGUACUGUGUAUCCUAUCGAGUAUGUUGGUGCUGGUGAGUACAGCAUUCGCGGUAUCAGGAUCGCUAAUUCUGACCUUUCGGGUGGCGGGAGAAAUGACGAAGAGAUGAUCUCUACCGCUUUAGGAUACAUUGCACACCUCGUCUUUAUGCUAAGCAAGUACCUUCAUGUAAAUCUUCGCUACCGUGUGGUCCCCUACUCAUCUCGGUCUUUCCUAAAGGAUGAGAUCAAUGACCCAAGUGGUGAGUACCCAUUGUACAAACGAGGAGUCGAGAAAGAACGUCAUGAAAAGGCAAUUCGUUUUCUUCGCAAGAACGUGGAGCAGUUGUUGUUUGCACGAAGUCUGGACCCCACGUUAGAAGCCCCAAUUUUAGCUCGACUUAAAGAGCUUACAGAUGCCGAAAGCGCAUGGCUUGCCAUCGAUCGUAACUUAAGCAACAACGUAAAUAGUAGUAACAGCACCGACACGGGCACCAUUGUAGCCAGGUAG